ACCACACCACAUCCGUGUUUGGAAGUUGUUUUGAUGGUUGUCAGACGUAAUGGGAAAAACCUUUUGUUUAUUUUCGAUGCUUUAUCGCUAAUUUAUCUGAAGUGGACAUCAGCAAUAUAUGUUAUUUGAAUAAGUAUGGUGUAGAUUAAUAGCUAACUAAUUAACGCGUUGUAACAGGAAUAUGCAUCUCAAAGCAGGACGGCUAAUUCCAACGUCAACGAACUAUAUUGCCAAUGCUGGAUGAGAGAAGCUAGUUGGCAUAGCAUCACAUUAGCGUUAUAGCUUUUCUGUAGGCUGACAGAGCAGACUAUAUCCCAAAGGCAAGCUAAUAUUUAUUUUGUAGCUAGCUACUUAGGACUAUCGAAGAGCACAUUUACCGCCCAUGUGUUCAAAGCUAAGUAAUUAGCUUUACGUCGUCUUUAAAACAGCUAACUAGCUAGCCAGAAAAAUGGGUUAGGUUGUGAUUGUUACUACGGUCAGUAUACCACAGUAAACGUAAAAGUAAAAGGAUUUCCAAACUGUCAUUACUAGCCAUACACCCCAGGUGAACUUCAGGUGUCUAGCUUACAGUUUGUUUAUAUCGAUCUUACCAGUUCGCAUUAUUGUACAUCAAUUAAUCUGGUUUGGACUGGGUGGUCGCACGGGUGCCCUAAGAACGUCAUGCCAUGGUGCUACGAAGAUUACUAAGAAAACGUUGGGUUCUGGGUGUGGUGUUUGGACUGUCUUUGAUCUACUUUCUAACCAGCACCUUGAAACAGGAGGAGAGGACCAUAAGAGAUCGCAAUCUCUUAGAGGCCAGAGACCAGGACCACCGGAUCCCAUGGAAGAUCAGGUUUACCCUGGGCAACAGCAGCCGGCAGAUUACUCAGUGCCGGAACUCAAUACAGGGCAAGAGCCUACUUACAGAUGAACUGGGUUAUGUGUGUGACAGGAAGGACCUGCUGGUGAAUGGUUGCUGUAACGUCAACGCCCCGAGCUCCAGGCAGUACAUCUGUAAAAGCUGCCUGGCCAACGGCUGCUGUAAUAUCUACGAGCACUGCGUGUCCUGCUGCCUCCAGCCCGAUAAGCAACCUCUGCUAGAACGUUUUCUGAACAGAGCUGCCGAUGGCUUCCAGAACCUUUUCACGGCCGUGGAGGACCACUUUGAGCUGUGUUUAGCCAAGUGUCGGACUUCGUCACAGAGUGUUCAACAUGAAAAUACCUACAGAAAUCCUCAAGCGAAGUACUGUUAUGGAGAAAGUCCACCCGAACUCCUGCCUAUAUGAUCGUUUGGUCCUCUGAGACCUUCAAGACUGAAGAGACAAACACAAGGUUAAGAGUCAAGCCGCGCAUCUUUGUGCUACUUGACAGUAUUCUCUUCUUCUGGUGUCCUCAUACUGGCCUUACAUAACAGCCUUACAACAUUCGGUGCCACAGAAGGCAGCAAGAUCACCAGAGCUGCGUGUUAUAUAGAGGGAGUUGGGGAUACUGUAAUGGACAUGUGGGACUGUUGGGAUAAAUGCGAGAAGUUGUUUCUCUGAAUAACACAAGUGGAGCAUCACAACACGGGACAGAUACCGGACCGGAAUUUUGCCAUUUUAUUUACACUUCAUAAGUGCAUAGCUUCAAAUGCUUCAUAACUUCAUCAGUGAUGAUCAUCAGCUCUCAUUUGCUCACCAGUUGUGAUUCGCUCCCUGCUGCUGUUGUUCCACAUCCCGUUUGUGUUCAAGGCACGCAGCAGAAAGUGUUUUAAAACAUUGUCAAUGGAAAGCUAGAAGGAGGGUUGGUUAAAUCCCUACAUGUUUCAGUUGAUUAUUUUCUGUGUGUGAAGUUAACGAGCCAUGUUAUAACGGUUUUUAUUUGAAGCCUCUCUUAUGUACUGAAGGACCAUAAUUCUUGAAAACCUAAGUAAAAAGAAUGUAUCAUAACUUUUGCAUGUAGUCUAAUAUGCAUGUGGAUGGACAGGCUAUUAAAUAAAGUGACUCAGCUUACGUUGCAUUGUUGAGGUAUUGUAUACAAAAUAAUUAUUAGAAAAUGUAUUUUCAUUGAAUGCGACAAAAUGAAAAUCUUUGUUUUCAAAUCUUUGUUUUCACAUUAAAUGUUUUUGGGGAAACACUUGGA